AUGCUCCCGCUUUCACAUCUCGUAAGUCUCUUGCUUUUUUGUUUCAUUUCUCUUGUUCUAAUCGCUACCGUAGAUCCCGAUUUUUGUCGUACAUGCGGUGCUUGUCCUACUUGUGGUGCACCCCCCCGGGAUGCAGUCCUAGUCACACCCGAGUGGCUCCCGGCGGCUGUCGCCGCUACCCAGGCUGCUGAACCCCGCCAUAUUCUACCUCGCCUUCCUCCCCAAAUGCUGAUUACACUCUUCCUCUUCGAGGCUCAGCUCACCGGCAACUGGAAGCAACUGCUUCUUCCGUAUUUAGCCAUUCUGCUUCUUUUUUGCCUGUAG